GUUAAUUGAAUUAAAGUGACAGUUUCAUUUAAAUAAGUGAUAAAAUUUAAAAGUAUAUUCAGUUUUGUAAUUUUUUCGAUUAAUUCGGUGUUCAAUGAAGGCUGCAGCUGAUUCCAGACUCAAACCUAAAAAGUUUUUAGACAAAAAUCAUCGUCCGAUGCAGUUAAAUGUAUGGAGAUAGAUAUAUAUAGAUAUAUGGAUAUUACAUAAUCACCCUCGAAAACUGGAGAUAAAAUUGGUCAAGGGUGAAAACUCGAAUGAUGUUGCCUGCAGCCCAGACGAGCCGAGACUAAGGCCAUAUCGUAAUAAACCCUCGAACGCGCGCUUGCGCCCCAAUUCCGGAUUCUGCUAGUCUGAUGAUGUAUUAUUAUUAAUCGUCUUCGCCUUACAGCCGCAUUACGCGGCGAGCUACGAGGGAUUUAUUUUUUAUUGAAUUAAUAACUACGGACAAAAUUACUUUUGUUCUUUAUAUAUUUUAUCGAGGGUUAAUUAUUUAUCCAAAUGCUAGAGGAGAAUAAGAAAUUUUAUGGUGUAGGUGAAGGUAUAGGUAUAAAUGCUGGUGUAUUCUUUAAAGAUCGAGAAGUAGGGAGGGAUGUUGAAAAUAAGUAUAUGGCUGAAGGCGUUCUGUGGCAGAUUUUGUUCAGAGCAGUUUCGUUCACGAACCGCGAAACAGCCGGCUAUUUCUUCAUCAUCCCCGGAGCUAGUUUUUUAACACGCCGUUCUGCUAGAAAUUCCGUUCUAAUGUGAAUCGUCGCGAAUAUCUUUUCCGGUUUGUUAUUUUUUUUCUUAUUAUUAUUAUUCUCCUCUACGCUUGUUAUUAUAACUUUAUAUUUUUUUCCCAUUACAUUUUGUUCGCUUUGCAUUUAUCAUAAUCUGUCUUGUCUCCACGGUUUACUGCCUGGUAAAUUACCUCUGUUAGAAGAUUUUUCACUUGUAUAAUAACGAUCAUUAUACUCGAUUAACGGGGAUCCGAAGACUCAAGUGGUCUAGCAUUCAGCCCAAGAUCGGGGAUUGCGACAGCAUGAAGACAAAGAACGUGAAUCGAAACUCAUUCAAGCAUCAGAGAAUAUCUUCACAGUCGUUGCCUCAAGAUGAAGAAACAGUUUAUAAGACGAUUUCGUCAUCGAAAUCGGUGCCGAGGAGUAUAAAUAAUAGUCAAGGAAGAAAUAAUAAUAGUGACUGCGGUGCAGUCUUACAAGUUGAAUCAGGAUUUCAACACAGAAUGCCACCUCUCUAUGGGGAGGAACAGACUCCCAAUCAAAACCAGCAAAGUCUUCAAACUCACAGCAACAAAUUUCCGAUUGAACGAGAAGUAGUUCUAAGUUCCGUCGACAAGAACACAAAGAUACCGAUUUUACAUGAGUACAACAAAAGGAGCGGACUGAGUCGCGCGAUAGCUCCCGACGCCCCGGUCAAACAGCAGGCCUGGGUUCAGGAGGGUAACCAAGUAGAUCACCGACAGGAUCAUGUGCAAAAUUUUCAACCCCAGGACACUUAUACGUCAACACCAACAGGAGCAGUACCGCGAAUAACAAAAUCAGAAGACGACCGUACAAAAUCACUUUCACGAACAUAUCAUACGAUCAAGGACAUGAUUUCUAGUCGUUUCGGUCCCUCGAGAAAAGACAUUGAACCAGACGUCGAAGUGAGUCUCAAUAAUGUGACAGAAGAGAUUAGAAAAUCAAAUAAAAGUAUCGACGAGGAGGACAGUAAAAAAAAAGAAAGUAUCUACGGCAAAUCAUCCCGGUCGCAAGACCCAUCCGUCAAGAUGCAACACUUUCAGCCCAAUAAUGCCUACAAUGCUCAAUCAUACAACUCAUAUUACCAAAGUUCUCAGAACGGUAUUAUGCAAUCGGGUCAGCUUUCGAACGCGCAAUUACACCCAAGUCUUCCAGGGCAGUCUGCCCAGCUGCAUGUCAGCCACAUAACACCUCCAGGCGGUGUCCAAACCGUUCAUCAGACACAAGUCUCCGCUUACAAUCCCCCGGUACCUGGCACGAGAAACGAUUACGUCGUUCAAGGCUCCAGUGGGAUUCAACAGCCUCAUCAGCUACAGAAUCCUCCUGUCGGGAAGCACGGGCUGCCUAUGCAACCUGUGUCCGCAGCAGGACCUAAUCAUCAGAGCUACCAGAGUCCUCAGCAGCUGAUACACCAGUCGCAGAUUCACCAGAGUCCUAGAUUUUCUCAUCAGCACAUGCAGAAUAUGCACCAGAGACAGUUGAUCCAGCAGCAGCAGCAACAUAAUAUGGGAGCAGGUCAACAACCCAGUCCAAGAUCAACCGCUAGAGCCCAACAACAAUCACUAUUUCCUGCCGGUGUCUCUUAUCAACAGUAUCAGCAAGUCAGGCAGACUAUCUCGAGAUCUCAGAUUGAUUUACCGAGCACUUCUCGACAGGCUCUUGACGUAAGAAUUUUAGGGCAAGAAGUAUUUUAUCAUUACAAUAAAGGUAGACCUGGUUAUCAAGCUCCGCCACAGGUUUAUAUCAAACAAGAUAAUAAUAAUAAGGAGAGUAAUAACGAGCUGCGUUCAUCGAUGAUGGAGAAAGCCAUGUCCCAGCCCCACUUGUGUUACGAUGACAUAAAUAAUCAAGAUAUUGGAAAUAGUAACCCAGAUAAUUCAUUGUCAACAGAAAAGUACGAAAUUACUGUCGAGGGCAGAGGACAAGAGUUCGCUGAUGACAAAAAUGAUAAUGCCCAGAGGAGAGCCCAGAACGGGGACUUCAGACCUGACACGAGCUUCGGAAACCGCAGAGACGAUGUCAGGUGUUCGAAAAAAGACUCUGAUAAAUAUAAUCAGGAGCAGGAACUGAGUGCGAAUGAUAAGAACGAGCUGGGUCACAAUAAAGUUCAAGAGCCAGCAGCAAAACGGGAAGAUUUUUCUGAAAGUAAUGGGAAAGAUGGUAAAAAAAACGCGCAGUUGAAACCAGAGGAACGAAAAUCUGCGGAGGACAAAAAAACCUCCGAGUUGAAGAAGGAAGAUCUGGAAAACGGGAUGAUGAGGCUGAAAAUAAAUCAUAAUCAAGGCUCGGGCUCGGAUUAUGAUAAACCGGGUCAGAGUUCCAGCAACGUCGACUCGGGAAGAGGCUCUGCCGUUUAUUCGAGUGGUCGACGACCGCCGCCAGUCGAUCAAAAUCAUGGCCAAAACAGAGACUCGGAAUGGGUGGAUAUCGUGGAAUCUGAACUGCGUAGCAUUUUAGAGCCGUCAAGAGACAUUCCGGCGAUGGCUCACUCUACUCUCUCAGAGAGCGUAUCUUCGGUGACGCCACCACUGCCGCCACUUUCGCCUCACGGAAGUCCCCGGACUCCGAGAAAUCGAUACACGUCAAGUUUGCCGUAUGGAGCGAAACCCAAUUACACUGACUACGGAAAAAAUACCGAUAAGAGAAAUUUUCAGAGCAACAUCAAACAUCGUGGGGCUUCGACGUCUAAAAAAGACGCGACUAAAAAAUUUUCCCACCUUUUCGGAGUAGAAGCAGCAGAUUUAACUUCGACGACAACUGGACUGGAUUUGGACUCAAUGUUGGACCGAAGCGACUCGGAUCUGAGUACAAACGACGCGAGAACUAUCAGAAAACAACUUGAAGGCCUGGAAAACAUGUACAGCGAAGUUCUGAAACUACUCGGCGGAAGUGUUAAAAAACGGAGGAAAGCACGAGGACUAACGAGCUACGGAUCGGUAUCUUCAUUACCAACCUCUUCGGUAUCUUCGAGGCCGAUCGCUCGACACCACGACAAGAGGAGAUCGCAUGUAGUCGAUGAGAGGAUUAAAAAAGCCAAAGAUAUUAAGAGCGUAAACAAACGGUUUCAACGGCUCGAGUCUCACGUAGUUACCCUGGCACGUUCUGUAGCUCAUUUGUCGUCGGAAAUGCGCACUCAGCAUUUAAUGAUACAAGAAAUGGAAAAUAUUCGGGGCGAAAUAGCCGCGCUGAGGACUCAAACCAGUAUGGCGAUGGUCAGAUCUCAGUCUCAGCCGUUAAUUAAAGACGCCGAAUUGCCCGCACUCUCGAAUCCUUCGAGGGUUAAGAAGUUGACGAAAUUUUUUGGUACUGAGCCUCCACUUAUCCGGCUGUUUCUUAGAGAACUUGGUUACGAGAAAUAUGCAGCAGCAUUCGAAAAAGAAAAAGUUGGAAUGGUCGAAUUGCCGUAUUUAUGUGAAGAAAGACUUCAAAAAAUGGGCGUACCUUUAGGACCGAGACUGAGGAUCCUUCAAGAGGCUAGGAUUUCCGUUUGCAAGGAUCCUAUCUAUGUAGUAUAAUAUUUACAACACGAGACAUUAUCGAAUGGCGAAUAAAAUUAUCUACCGAUAAAUUCAAAACUUGCUAUUACCAAUUUCUUCUUCAAUAUCUGUAAAUAAUUUUAGUUUUUUUCACGUACAUUACAAAUUUUAUUGAUCAUAAAUCUGAUGUCUGAUUUCCGAAUCUACCAGAAGACAAUUUUUCUUUUUUUUUUUUAUGUUUCUUCUUUAAAAAAAUUGAAGGUAUGGAUCUGAAGUUUUAAAUUUGGCGCCAAUGGUUAAUAAUUAUAAGAAAAUAAAAGCUGCUUUAAAAAAUAAUUGAUUAGCCAAAGAGAAAAUGUCUUAACGAACUCAAUUUAUAAUAAAAAAUCAAUGAUCCGAGGUUAACUUUGGAAAUUGCUUUAGCUACCAAAGAAAUAACGUUACUGCUCGCGAGUACCAAAAAAAUUUUUGGUUUUUUAAUAUUACUAUUAACUACAUUAUUAUAUACUACAAUUAUUAAAUUACCUAUUGUACAGUUAUAUAUUAAUGUAACAUUAAUUUUUUAUAAAAAACAAAACCUUAUUAUUAAAUUACUCUGAAUAAAUUUCCUACUUUUAUAUAAUAGAGUAAAUAAAACGGUUGUAAAAUUUUCCCAAUCA